AUGGACCACCGUGCCGCCUUGGACCUCGAGCGUGGCAACACGCGGGGCUCGAGCGUCUCGACGCCCGACUCGCGUCUCUCGGACGACGACGGGCUCGGCGACGACUGCUGGAUGCACGACCCGGUGCCGCACCUCGGCUUUGCCUACAAGGGCGAUACAUUCUACCAACGGGGCCUCUACACCGAAGCGCUCGUCUACCUCUCGCGGCUGCCCCGCCGACAUCCGACAUCGCUCGCGCCGUCUCUCUCGGAGCCGACGCUCGCCGCAUCCCGUCGCCAAUCGACGCCGUCCAAGUCCAAGCGGAAAGUCGGCAUGACCAAGCUCACGCCAGUGCGCAAGGCCGACGAGUCGUCGACUUUGCUCGUGGACGCGGCAGGCGGCGGUGGCCGCGAGCAAAAGCUCAACCGCAAGCGACAGUGCGCCGCGGCGAUCGACGCGAUGGCGGCCAACCCGGUGCUGCACCCCAACCUCUUUCACGACAAUUACUAUCGCCUAGGUCGCGUGUGCCGGGACCGGCUUUUGUUGAGUCAAGCGCUCUACAACCUCUGCGUCACCAAGUCCAACCGCGUCAAAGUGAUUGCGUUCUCUGACGUGUUUGAAAUCCUCAACCGGUUGAUUCUCUCAGCCACCGACGCGGUGGUGCGCUCGACCGCGCUCAGCUGCGUGCACUGCCUCGCCGAGACCGAGAGCUGCCGAAAACCACUCAUCGUCAACGGCACCGUGCGCGCGGCCGUGACAGUGCUCCGGUCGACGACCGACCCCAACGACCUCCGCUGCCUCUUUUCGAUUUUGGACCUUUUGGCGCUCGAGAGCUUGGGCUGCGAAGAAAUGGCCAACGUCGGCGCACUGAGCUCGCUCGCGCAGCUCUCGCACCUCAUCUCGGACCCGUCGCUGGUGACGAGUGUCUACAAGACCAUUUCGCAGCUCGUGAGCAGCGAAGCCAACUUUGGACACGUCGACGCCGUGUUUUUCGAGUUUAUCAUUGGAUACAGCCACACGCAGGCGCGGGACGAGAAGCACAUUUCUCACUACGUGCUGCAUGCGCUCGGGUGCAUCGUCGGCUGGCACAGCACGUUGGACGCGGGCGACUUUGUCGAGUCGCCCAUGUACUUUAGUAAACUCAUGUACCAUGUGCUCUACGCGCUCUUUGAGGAGCAGAGCGUCGAAGAGUACCUCCAAGCGGUCCUCUUGUACAACAUGAGCUUCACCUUUGACGCGCUCGACCUUGCGCACGAAGCCAUGCACCGGCUUCUCUACUUUGGCCUCCAAAGCCCGCGCGACGACGUCCACGCGCUCGCGUGCAGCACGCUCUUCAACCUCUGUGCCGAGCCGCGCUUGCAUGCGCGCCUUCACGACAGCGGCGUCCUCGAGGUGCUCGUGCGGCUCUUGCCGAAACCUAGUAGCACCUGCAUGUGCCUCGAGAUCCUCUGCGUCCUUUUCGACCGCCAGCAGCUCGCCCCCGACGCGUACGUGGCGCUCGUCGAUGCCACGUUCAACUCGAUUGUCAAGCUCUGCGAUCGCGGCGACCCGGCCGUGAACGCGGGCUGCGCUGCGUGCUUUGCUCGCUUUGGCUUGAUUGCGCCGUGCCGCAUUCGUAUGGUGCAGAACGGGCUCAUUGCCGCGCUCUCGCUGCUCGCGAGCGACGACAACCCCGAGACGCUCCAGCUCUGCGUGAGCUCGUACUCGCACCUGAGUUGCGACCCGAGCAUUUGUCGCGAGCUCAUCGAGAAGGGCAUUGUGCACUCGCUCUCGAGCUUGGCUGCGGCGCCUGAAGAGGAGGUGCGUCGUGCGUGCGCGAUUGCGUUUUGCAACCUCUCGACCAAUGAAGAGAACAUUGUGGUGCUCGUCAAGCACGGCGCGCUCAAAGCGCUGCUCGUCAUCUCGUGUGUCAAAUCGAACGACGCGAUCACGCGCCGCAUGUGCAUGAAGGCGGUCAUGAACUUGAUGCGGUCUGAAGUCAACAUCCCCGUCAUGUGCCAGGACGGGCUGCCGUGGGCCUUUACGAUUUUCGCCAUGUCGUCCGAGCCGCAGGACUUUCCGCUCUUGGCCGACGCGUUCUGCGGCCUCUCGUACUUCAAGGAGUCGCGUCGCGGGCUCGCCAAGGCGUCGACGCUGCAGUGCUUUCUCGGGAUCCUCGAGCGCAUUUUCGACCUGCCAUGCGGCAUUACGAUGCUGCAUGGCAUUUUGAACCUCCUCACCGACAUUGACGUGGCGGCACCGCUGCUGCAUGCGGGACUGCUAAGCGCUCUGGGCCACCUCACCAUCACAACGUGCGACGACCAGAUGCGCCUCGUUGCGCAGAUCCUCACCGUGACCUUUCAGGCGUCCCACGAUGUGCGCAUCAAGGUAUCGAUCCAUUUCACUGCUGCACGUCUCCAAUUUAUGGACGAAUCGGUCUACCGCAUGCUCCAAGUGUUGCUGCAAGCGGCCGAUGUGGAAACCAAGCACUGCUGCGCCAUCUUGCUCCACAUUUGCUCCCUCGACGACGCGACGGAGCACGGCCUCCUCCUCAGCGACAUGCUGCUUCCGACGAUGCUCGAUACCAUCCGGGACGGGCCGUGCGUCGACGUCAUGCUCCUGCUCAUGCGGACGCUGUACAACAUUUCUUGCCGCGAAGCCCUUUUGGAGGAGGCACCGAUCUCGAUCGCCAUGUGUGCGGCUAUCAUGCGCAACCUGAGCUGCGAGGCCGCGUGCCACGCGCAGCUCGUCAACGCCCAUGCGACGUCGCUUCUGGUUGCGAUCUUUACGACGCGGAGCGUGACCAAGGUGGCGCGAGAAGACGCAGCGAUUGGCAUCUGCAACCUCCUCCUUGGCCGCGUCAACUCGUCCGUUAUGCUUGGGCAAGGCGCGCUCGCACCGAUCCUGUGGCUCUCGAGCCACGCGGGAAUGGAGAGCAACAUUCUCUGCUCGGCCGUGCUACGCAAGCUCGCGAUGCCGCCGGGCAACAUUCAGCAGCUCGUCGACGAAGGCGCGGUGCCCUGCAUAGCUUCACUCUUGGCAACGACCACCAGUUUGUACAUCAAGCGCAACUGCAUUGCGAGCUUCUGCCUUCUCGCGCGCAAGUUCAGCGUCAAGCCGCUACUCGCGACAAAUGGAGUCAUUUCCCUCACGCUGGACCUCCUCGAAGACCUCAAGCGCGUGAGCGACCCAUCUGGAAAGUCGCCGAUCGUGCUUAGCAUUGAGCGCAUGAGCGUCGACUUGGUCACAGCGCUGGCCGAGUUUGUCCGACCGGACGUACCUGGUGAGUCGCACGUGACGUCGGCACUCCUCACGCUCCUCGACGGUGACGAUGCCAGUGGUGGCUGCGAGUGGGAACAGGACAGGGACUUUCUGCUGCGACACGAAGCCGGGCCGCUGCCGCUGGCGCGACCGUCGAACGCACGCCAGCUCAAGUCGGUUGACGUGCCGACGUUGCAAACCGGCUUGCAUCCGGUGACCGCACCCGGCUUUUCCGAGAGCUUUACGCUCGUCAACGCCGAGCGCGAGCGGAAAGCGAUUUCGCCACGCAUUCCAACGCUCGCAGACGCAUACAAGCUCGGCUCGGAGCAGCUCGACGAGUCGAUCGGGCACCUUCGGAAGCUGCUGGUCGCACCGACAACGAGCAUUUCGGUGCGCUCGGCCGGCUGGAAAAAGGUCGCAUCCAUCGAAUUUGCCUCCCGGAAAAUGUUUCCCAAGCUCCGGUCGACGUUUGCCCCCAUGGCGCCGCCCGUGCCGCUUGUCGUCGCGCACACCGAAUGGCUCGACACGACGGGCCGUCCCAAGGGCGACAUGACGGUGGUCACGUCGUCGUAUGCUGUCUCACAGCACGCGAUUGCCGCGGCCCCGAUGCGGACGACGCCGAGCACUGGGCGACGACGUGUUCUAUCCCCUUGGUAG